AUGAAUACGAAAUUAACCGUACCUUAUAUUUUGAAAUUAAUUGAAUUGUGUUUAGCUAUUAUUGCUGUGGGAUUAAUUGUAGAUCCGAUAAAUAAUGGAGUUUUAUCGUUCAAUCAUAAUCACAGCGGUAUCGUUUACGUAUCUUGGCCAUCAUACAUAAUUAUCAACACGAUAUUGCUUAUAUCAUUUGUUGCCGGUGAACGAAUACCAAAAAUAACGCAAGUUUUAUUCUCCUUUAUCGGAGGAUGUUUAUUUGUGGCUGCAGCAGCCGUAUCUCUUGAAAAUUGGAGAAAACAUCAUUCCGGUGAAAUAAAUCUACUUAAAAUGAACGUUCAACAAUACAGCGAUCAAAGCAUAGCUUCCGGUAUAUUAGCAUUAUUUUGCGCUCUCACAUUUUUCAUCGAUACCGUUAUCACUCUUAAAUUUGCAUAG